GGGGCAUGGCACUAAGUCCCUCACAGCCAAUAAGACCUUCACUGACUUCCCCAUUUAGCAGCGCAGUUGUCCAGAUGGUCCAGCUGUUUAAUCUGAGCACUGAAUGAACUCAACUUUUCGACUUUACUUUACUCAGUGGAGACAGAUGCAGUCCGAUGCCGAGGUGCCACUGGCAACUUUUGGACUGUCAUAGUGGAUAGAGACCCAUAGAUCCCUUCUGGAAUAUCUGUGAUACAUAUGCAGUAAUAUUUUUUUUUAUUUUCCUUUGAUUUCAUACAUAUUCAAAGCCACUCAGUCCCAUUCAAUGAUGUCAGCAGUGUGUUAACGUGCCUCCGAGACUUUGUUCUCUGCAUCUGUCUCUGAUCAAGAGCUCCUGUCAAGGAGCUCUGAAACGUGUUGAAUUUCGACGAGGAGUUUUGUGAGGAAAAAUGCCGGCUGCCAUUGGUGGUCCUGUAGGCUACACACCACCUGAGGGUGGCUGGGGAUGGAUGGUGGUGAUCGGGGCCUUCAUCUCUAUUGGGUUCUCCUAUGCAUUUCCCAAGUCCAUCACUGUCUUCUUCAAAGAGAUUGAGGUGAUCUUCAAUGUGACGAGUAGCCAGGUGUCCUGGAUCUCCUCCAUCAUGUUAGCAGUCAUGUACGGCGGAGGUCCUAUCAGCAGCAUCCUGGUUAAUAAAUAUGGGAGUCGGCCUGUGAUGAUGGCAGGAGGAUGCCUUUCUGGAUUGGGGCUUGUUGCUGCCUCUUUCUGCAAUUCCGUUGAAGCACUGUACUUUUGCAUUGGUGUGGUGGGAGGUUUGGGAUUGGCCUUCAACCUCAACCCUGCCCUCACUAUGAUUGGAAAAUACUUCUACAAGAGAAGGCCAAUUGCUAAUGGGAUUGCCAUGGCUGGCAGCCCUGUCUUUCUCUCUACUUUGGCUCCCCUUAACACCUGGUUCUUUGACCAGUUUGGCUGGAGGGGAAGUUUUCUGAUCCUAGGUGGCCUGCUCUUCAAUUGCUGUGUCGCUGGAUCCCUCAUGCGGCCGAUCGGACCAAAACCCAAACCUCCAGAGAAGACUACUGAGAGGAGGACUGUGAUGCAGACCAUAAACAGCUUCAUCGAUCUUUCUUUGUUCAAACACCGUGGCUUUUUGCUCUACAUCGUGGGCAAUAUCGUCAUGUUUUUCGGUCUCUUUGCACCACUGGUGUUUCUCUCUAAUUACGCCAAAAGUAAAGACAUCCCCAAAGAGAAGGCAGCUUUUUUACUGUCUGUGCUGGCUUUUGUUGACAUGGUUGCCCGGCCCUCAAUGGGCAUUGUCGCCAACACCAAGUGGGUUCGGCCCAGAAUACAAUACUUCUUCGCUAUCUCCGUGCUGUACAACGGUGUGUGUCACGUUCUAGCUCCGAUAUCAGUAGACUACAAAGGCUUUGUUAUUUAUGCCAUCUUCUUCGGGUUUGCUUUUGGCUGGCUGAGCUCAGUGCUGUUUGAGACCUUAAUGGACCUAGUGGGAGCCCAGCGCUUCUCCAGUGCUGUUGGGCUGGUCACUAUUGUGGAGUGUGGUCCUGUACUGUUAGGGCCCCCAUUGCUUGGAAGAUUCAAAGACAUCUACCAUGAUUACAAGUACACGUACCAGGGCUGUGGGAUCCUCCUCAUUGUCUCCAGUGUCUUCCUGUUUUUGGGAAUGGGACUGAACUAUCGACUGCUUGACAAAGAGAAAAAAGAGGAGGAGAGGAGGGGCAGGAUGGGAGUCCGAGAACAAAAGUCCAACAGGGACAAUGCUGCCAAAGAGGUGGGAGAGGCUAGGAACACAGAGGACACCGUCUAAUGUUCUGAGCCACAUCAGCUUACUUAUUUGUUCAAGUCUAUGCUGUCAGUGAGGUGGAUGUUCAUGAAAAAUAGAUGCUUCUGUGAAACAGGCCACAUCAACAUUCCUCUACUGUUUCAUAAUGCACUGUAUUUGAAGAACGCCACAGAAAUCAUAGUCUCACUUGCUGUUCACUUUAUAGCAUUUGCACGCCUAUUAAAGCCCUUUUAACUCCAAUAAACAAUCCACAUGAAAUACCUCUUAUAUUCGUAUUGAGAAUGGUAAAUGUGUUUAUUAGAUUAGUAGUCUUGUAUUUCACUCAUAGGAUUUUAUGGCUUCUCUUUAAAGUCAGGUAAUUACACAGCAACUCUUCUUAAAUUUUGUUGCCACGCAUUAUAUAUAGUAUCUUAACCUUCUUAAAUGUACCUGUUAUUUUGCUCCAGAGCAUAGCUUUAUUUUUCAAAAGAGACACUUUCCCUGUCAAAGUGCAUAAUGACAGUUUGCACAACACUUUCCUUACCACACCAUCUCUCAAAGAUCUCAUUUAUAAAGACGUUUUCCUCUUUUCAAAGAACUGGCAGCACAGUGCCGUUUUUUAGGGUUUGCAGACAUCCUCCUUGUCACUAUAAUGAGGUUUAUUCUGCAAAUGUAUUAAUUCUCAUUUUCAAUUUCUCUUUGAAAUGUGCUUUGCUGGUCCAUUUUUGAUAGUGGAUUAUGUCAGUUAAAAAUAAUUCUGAGGACAUUAAAACCUUUUGCAUCGUUUGAGUGUUAACGUGAUAUGAAAAUGAGCCACUGACUGCAAGCUACAACAUAUAUGUAUGUAUAUAUAAGCUAUAAAAAAAUGGAACACAUGAGAAAGUCAAAUAAAUGGCCAUUUGACAAGAAUAUAAAA